AUGAGCAGCUUGGCUGUCCCUGUCUUCACCGUGGCCGGAAGUGCCAUCAGUGCGACUCUUCAUCCCGUACUGCCCGGAUCUCUUCUCGCCUUUCUGGCAUACGGCCCCCCACAUCUCGUCGAGCGCCUUCUCCGUUUUGAUGUGAUGGGACACUCCCUCCGCGGGAAUGGCACCACCACCGUGCUGCGAGUCCUUCUCGGGUUGGGACUCGUCAAGACUCUCAACAGCAUGAUGAGCACGUGGGCAACGACCAACUGGCGUGUUACCCCGAUGCGCGGUUGGCAAUGGAACAGAGAAAUUGCCGUUGUCACCGGCGGCUGCAGCGGUAUCGGAAAAUCCAUCGUUCUUGGCCUAGUCAAGAAAGGUGUGAUCGUCGCCAUCCUCGACGUCAUGCCGCUCCCCCCCGACCUGGAGCAGGAACGCAACAUCAACUACUGGAAGUGCGAUAUCACAUCUGCGGCCGCCGUGGCCGAGACUGCCACCGCCAUCCGGAAGACUCUCGGCCAUCCGUCCAUUCUCGUCAAUAACGCCGGAAUUGCGAAACCCCACUCGAUUGUCCAAACGCCCGACGACUACCUCCAAAAGAUCAUAGCCGUAAACCUCAUGUCGCUUUGGAUAACCACCAAGGAGUUCUUACCGAACAUGAUCAUCAAGAACAAGGGCCACAUCGUUACAGUUGCGAGCAUGGCCUCAUUCACAGGAAUGUCUCUCAUGGCAGACUACACAGCGACAAAGGCCGGUGCUCUAGCGUUCUAUGAGUCCUUGGCCACCGAAGUCAAGAGCGUAUACAAGUCCCCCGGCGUUCUCGCAUCCAUAGUGCACCCUGCCUAUGUGAGCACCAACAUGACCGCCCAAAGUGCUGCUUCAUUAGAAAAACAGUCGGGGGGAUUGAUGAAGCCGGAGGACAUUUCUAACCCGGUUGUCAAGCAAAUAUUCAGUCGGCGGGGAGGUCAGAUCAUUAUCCCGGGCAGGCUGUCGUUUCUGAGUGCGGUGAGAGGGUGGCCCAGCUGGUUGCAAGAGCUCAUCAAGGAGAGUCUGCCAAAACCAUAG